CCGUGUUGGUGGACGGGAUGGUCAAGAGAGCGGCGUCGAUGGGCUGCCGCGACGCGACCCUCAUGCGGGCGGUGCGGCUGCUGGAUGCGUGCCGAGCCGAUAAACUCAUCGACCCGAACAACGCCAGACAGGCAAAGAGAUCUGAAUGACAGACAGAGAGUGAGGACUCAUGGGACUCGUUUGUAUCACUUGGCUGGCUGCUGACACACAGGUAGCAGAUGCGUGUGUGGCCGCCUGCGUCGAGCGGCUGGAGCCACACCUGCUGAUGGACGACAUGCCGGUUGACCCCCCACACACGCAGGCACAGGUAUUGAAACACAGACACAGACACAGACACAGACACGCACACGACGCUCACCUGUGCAGCGCCGACAUGUCUGUCUGUCCGUUUGACUCUGUGUGUGCAGGUGGUGGGUCGUGUGGCGGCUGAUAGUUCUGAGUGUGGCGUUGAGUGUGUAGAGAGGCUCUUCACUGCGGCCGGCAUGGACACCCACGGCCGCCUGUUCUCAUUCGCCAAAUACCUCAUGGUCAGUCAGUCCGCCAGCCACACACACACACACACAUAUACACAUACACACACACACACACCUCCAGCUAUCGAAUUUCUCCCUGUCUGUCUGCUGUCUGUCUGUGCAGUUCUUGUCGAUGUGUGACGUCGAUUUGGCCGCGUGCGAUGUCCACCUGCUGGCCGCCACGGCCGUCUACAUCACACGCAAGACCAACCAGAAGCAGAUAGCGGGCGGCAUUUGGGUGAGCCAAAGCGACACGUGUCAUGGCCUAUCUAUGGCCUGUGUGGGUUUGUGUGUCCCGUUGUUCAUUGUCAGAGUGCGCCCCUUGUGGCUGAGAGUUCGGUCAGCGAGUCGGCUUUGGAGUCGAGCAUGACGACGUUGAGGAUGCAGCGGCUCAUGUGGGGCGACACACAGACCACCAAAGGGGUGAGCAUGGCAGAAGACCAGUAGAAUCGCCAACACAGCACCGUCUUGAUGUCGGUGUCUGUCGUUUGUGUGGUGUGUGCAGAUCGUGACCGAUGCAGUAGACGAGCUGUUCGCCUCGCCCGACCGCCACGGCGUCGCAUCGACCCGCAGCCACCCGCAGCAAGAGCAGCAGCAGCAGCAGCAGCAGCAGGUGGGUCUGACACAACCGACCGCCAUGCACCAGAUGUGCCUUCUGUGUGUAUCGAUCUGCAUUGUCAGUAAUACGUGUGUGUGCGAUCUGCAGGGGGGCAGCCAGAAGCACCCCCUCGCCCAUCUGUUUGCCGAAGACCGCUGCCGCAUCCCCGACAUCAGCACCACACUGCAGCUGAGAGCAGCCGCACGAGACAUCAGAGACGCCUUCUCAUCAGACCAGCUGCGCAGCCGAGUGGACAACUCACUGAGCCGUGACGGCGAUGGCAUCAACACCCCACAGCUGCAGCAGCUGGUGCGGUUCGACCCAUCGCUGGGGAUGGGUGAGCUCAUGGCGGCGGUGUGGAUAGCCGAGGAGGGCGGGCGGUGGGAUGAGACGCGGGAGGUGCUGCAGUGGGCCAGCCAGUGUGGCUGCUGCACACUGCCUGUCAACCUCACGGCCGAUGACAUCAACACACACGCCAACAAGACGGUAAGGCACACACACAGAGGGGCGGGGAGAGAACAGAGAGGCCUCAUUCCCUCUCUGUCUGUCUGUGUGUGUGUGUGUGUGUGUCUGUGUGUGAUGUGGUGUAGGCGUAUGGAUCGGUAGCUCGUGUGUUAGCGCAGCUGGUGGUGGUCGGCCGCCACAUCGACCUCGGUGACGGCAGCUGCCUGCAGAUCUGCCGCCACGCCAAUGGUGAGGUGCGGGCCAUCAAGGACCAGCCCGGCUUCCGGCUGGCCAUCAACCCGCCCCUCGCUGCCCACCAUCUGUAUCAGCAGCACCGACAGCAGCAUGACCCACCAGUGCGGAGCAGCAUCUUCUACCGGAGCGGCACCGGCGGAUGGGUGUCGACCGGUUUCCCGACCAUCUAUGUGUCAUUGUCGUCGUUUGCCAAGCGCAUGAUCAACCAACACUUCUGCUCGACUCCCCAGACCAAUCGCACAUCGAUAUCACUCAACAGGUACCACACCAAUGGCACCAGUGGCCAGAGGGGUGCGUGUGUGCUUGUGUGUGUGUGUGGUUGCUUCAGGCGUGUUGGUGGCGGCCGUCUGGAUGGCCUCCUCACCCAGUCGCCCCACACACCGGUGGCCGGCUGCACCACCACACGCAGCUGGGAAGACGGCAUCGGUGAGGUGCGUGUGCUGGUGCUGACCAACAGCAGCCACAACUUCGUCGCGUGGAUUGUCAUUUCGGAAUGGGGGGACGGCACCGGUAAGGCCGACAGACAGGCAGCUCUGCUGUUCAAAUGUUAUCAGCGUUUUCUUCCUGCUUGUCUGUCCGCAGUGGAUGUGUGUGUCGCGACGACCGAGGCACCUGCGGCUGGUGUGAGUGGUGCCUUCAAGGACCGCUUCCCCGUGACCACUCGACUGGCCCGCGUGGCGUUGGGGCGAGUGGCGCCAUACGUCUUCGACGGACAAGUAGACGAUGACAAUGACGACGAUGAUGGUGCGGACAGGGGAGAGAGGGACACACACACAUGGUGGCGAUGGAUGUGUGGCAUUUCAUCUCUGUCUGUCUUUGUGUGUGGUGUAGAUUCCGACGGCCAUGGCGGCGGUUGGGAUGAUAUGGAUGACGACAGCGACGGAGAGGACAGCGGAGGUACACAUGAGGGGGAGGGAUACACAGCACAGUUCACACAGAUGCCCUUUGUCAAUCCACCCCAGCCGAGGAGGACAACGACGAGGGUGACGGCGACAACGACGACGACAGCUACAGUGGUGGCGGUGCUCACAGAGGGAGGGAGGGACGCACACACUCGUGAAGGGAUGGCUAAUGGACCUUCUCUAUGUGUGUGGUGCAGACGGCAAUGGUGGCAAUGAGAGUGACGGGAUGGACGACGGCAGCGGAGGUGCACACGAAGAAGAAGACUCACAGCACUUCGCGUCAAACACAUGUGUGUGCGAGCUGGCUGCAGGGGCGCCAUAUGUCUUCGACGGACGAGUAGACAAUGACAGCUAUGAUGACGACAGUGACGAUGGUACGACAGGCAGAGGGAGGCGGCAAGGAGAGACGUGGGUGUGUGACGGGCCCUUUGUGUGGUGCAGACGGCCAUCGUGGCGGUGGCUGGGACGAUAUGGACGUCGACAGCGGAGGUGCACACGAAGGAAGGCACACACAGCACACCACACGCCCUAAUGCCCGUCGCCAUCACACAGCUAUGCGUGUGUGUGUGUGUGUGUGGGUGUGUUGAUCUGUGUGGCAGUUGAGGAUGCACCAGCCGAGGAGGACAAUCAAAACGGCGGCGGUGACGGCAAUGCAUCGCUCUGAGGACACACACAGAGACCGAUCUCAAUACUCACUGGUGCGCCACAGACACACUGCAAUGUGAUCGGCUGGCGCCAUGCCCCUCUGUGUGUGUGUGCGUGUGUGUGUGUGUGUUGUGGUCAGGAGGGUGGCGGAGUGCUGUCUGCCAUCCUCUCUGUUCAGUAGCCCGCUGACCGGUGUAGAUCACUGCUGAUGUCGACCCACCAAUGGCUGGCUGUGUGUGUGUCAAUGCCCCCGGUGGGAGGGUGUGUGUGUGGGUCGCUCUCUCUCCCCUCCCCUCCCCUCUGUGUGUGGCCCUCCUCCAUCUCUCUCUCUAUCUCUCUGCCUGUGUGCUGUCGAUAUGUAUUGGCCUGGCUGGGUGGACGGCCGACGUCCUGACGUCCUGACAGACAGACAUGGUGUGUGUGUGUGUGUGUGUGAAUGCGUUUCAUUGCAUCGCUCUCGCGUCCGUCUGGUGAAUGAUGCGCGUGUUGAUCCACGCAUCACACGUAAAAUUGAUGAGUAUGCACACACACUCACACACUCCUUGGCUGCGCUGCCGUGUCUAUCUGUUUUGCCCCUCCCUCUCCAUCUGGAUGGCUGGGCGGUCGGUGCUUUAAUUUCUUGGGCUGAUGAUUGACAUCUUCUCUCUCUGUGAACGUGUACACACAUGUGCAUAUGUAUUCACCCAGACAGACAGACAGGCCGAUCGACGCACCACACUCUUGUAUGGUGUGUCCAUCCAUCCAGCCAUCCAUCUGCGCCGCAUUGUUCGCUGCACACACACAUACGUGGCAGUGUAUCUCUCUCUCGCACUCGUGGUCCAUCCAUUCACACCGUCACACCUAACAGACGUACAGGCUGCUCCGAUGCAGUCAGUUGUCUUUGCCUACUUGUUGUUUCCCUCGGGCUGUGGGCGGCUUCCUGAAAUUCACAUCGGGCGCGGCUGCUGCAUGGCACUCGGUCAUGUGUAUACGCCUCCACACCACACACACUGGAGCGAGACGCUCCAGCCCUCAUGACUUAAUUACUCGUGGUGGCGGUGGUGCAUGGGGGUGGUAGGGCGGCUCGCUGCAUGCGGUGUGUAUGUCUUGCUUUGUGUCCAUCUCUGCUGCCUAACUGCCUUACGUCGACUGCCUCUCUCCCCUCUCUGUGUCCGUCGAUCUCUGUACACACCGAUAUGUAUAUAUUAUUAUUAUGUGAGUACACAUCCGCAUACACUGACUGACAGACUGACUGAGUAUGGCCAGGGAUGAGUGUGGCACCUGACUGACGCGUUCAUUGAUUCAGUCACAGGUGGGCAGGCCUGGGCAUGUCGGUCGUAGCGACGACGAUGUGUGGCUCUCCCCUCUCUCUGUGGUCCAUAUGAAUGUAUUGGCCUGGCUGCCUGACUGUGUUGAUGGACUGACUGACUGACAGGUGUGUGAAUGAAUGAAUGAAUGCGAUGUGUUGCCCAUAUUGGUGUGCACUCAACACACUCCUUC